AUGGAAAUCAAAGAAGAAUUAUCUAUAUGUUCAACAGAAGACUUGGAAAUCCCUCCAAUUGUAGGCUCUGAUAAUAAUAUCUCUGAAAGCUGAAUGAAAUGGGCAAUCUUAGUACAAAGUAUCCUUAUUCUAUUUAUCUUAUACCUAUUAGUUAGAAUUGAUUCAAGGCAAUCUCAUGUCAUCGAACUUUUAAAGCAGCAGCAAGAGCAGCUAUAUAAUUUCACAAGUACUCCUUAUGACUCGCUUUUUGAAACUGUCAACGAUGGAUUCUGGACUUUUACUUCUCUUUUGGCUCGGUCAAUUUAA